AUGACCAACAGAAAGGCCGUCGGGCCGGACGACCUACCGGCUGAGCUGAUGAUGAUCAUGCUUUUCCUGGACGGAGAUCAAGAUCUCUUCCGCGAAUUCUACGCCACUGUCGUGGACGUGUGGCAGACGGGGGAUGUACCACAGCAGUGGAAGGAUGCCACCAUCAAAGUGCUGUUCAAGAAGGGGGACACGAUGGAGUGCGGCAACUACCGGGGCAUCUCUCUCGUCGCACACGCCGGCAAGGUGCUGCUUAAGGUCGUCGCUACACGACUGAGCCACUACUGCGAGCGAGAGGGCAUCCUCCCGGAGGAGCAGAGCGGUUUCCGCCCACACCGGUCGACGCUCGACAUGCUGUUCGCCAUCCAGCGGCUCCAUGAGCUCGCGAGGAAGAAGAGUACUGCGGUGUUCGCGUGCUUCGUCGACCGCACCAAGGCGUUCGAUUCGGUGGACCGAGACCUAUUGCGGGACGUGCUCCGACGCUUCGGCAUGUCCCCGAAGAUGCUGGCGGUCAUUCGCCACUUC